AUGGCCAAGUCAAAGAAUCACACUAACCACAACCAGUCCAAGAAGGCUCAUCGUAAUGGUAUUAAGAGACAUAAGUUGCCAAGAAAGUUGUCAACCAGGGGGAUGUGUCCUAAGUUUUUGAGGAACCAAAAGUUCUGCAAAAAACACCAAAGGGAAGCUGGCUCUGAAGAGGAAUAG